AUGGAGGUGCAUGGAUUGAAGGAAAACAUGCAUGCAUCAGUGGUCCGGAAGACUCAGGAGAAGAUGCUACAGGAGUGUCUGAUCUCCGGAGGAAUGGCGAGUAGCAUCGAUCUCUCAAAUUUGAUGGCAGCUCCAGUCAAAUGGAACAGUACUGAACUCUCGUUGCCAAUUCCCACAUCCAUUGUCAAGGAAGUUCUUUGGGAGCUUUUCGAAAUCAACUUCCGCUUUGAAUUGGUCACUUUGGAUCGCAUUUGCUAUCAGAUGGAGGCCUCUUUUCAUGAUCACGAGGUCAUGGUCAUCAGGACCAUGUUAUAUUUCAGAUAUAGCAUGAUUCCCCAUAGCUUGGAACAGGGGAAGAUGGGUUUCAGCUCAAAGGACCUCAACAUCGCUUCUGGUCAUUGA